CCUGGGUAUUUAACUAACUGGGAGGUGCCCUGAGAUCAGAGGCGACCCUGCUCCCUUUGUUCCACUGCUGCAGGCUCCUCUGCACCCCUCCAGGAUGAAACCUCCCCCGGUCCUGACCUUCCUUUGUGUCCUGGUGGCUCUGGCCAGCGGGAACCUGGUCCAAUUAGGGAUAAUGAUCGAAAAGAUGACAGGGAAGUCAGCACUGCAAUACAACGACUAUGGCUGCUAUUGUGGCCUCGGUGGCUCCCACUGGCCUGUGGACAAGACCGAUUGGUGCUGCCAUGCCCAUGACUGCUGCUAUGAGCAUGUGAAGAAUCUGGGCUGUGAACCCAAAAUGGAGAAGUAUUUCUUCUCUGUAACCCAGGAUAGCAUCAUCUGUGCCGGCAGGACCGCCUGCCAGAAGCAGACCUGCGAGUGUGACAAGAAGGCCGCGCUCUGCUUUCGCCACAACCUGGAUACCUUCGACCGCAAAUAUGUCAAUUACCCCAACAAGCUGUGCACAGGGCCCACCCCUCCCUGCCCCGCUCCCUGCACCAGCCGCAGACUGCUGUAGUCCCAGGCCAGGGGAAACUUGGAACCAAACCUCUCCCUCUGCAAAAUUCCCUUCCUGCAAAACUUUUCCCCAGAGCUCCCAGGCUGUGGCUUCCUGGGCCACCCUUUCUUGCCAGGAAUAGAGCUCCAGGAGCUGUGGGACGCUCUGGCACCCAUAAAACUCACCAACCCACCCCUGGGAUCUUGUUCCAUCUUCUGAAUAAGCAAAUGUUUCCCUAUAAUUUCCGUAAUAUUCUUUGAUUCUCAGAUUCUGAUAUCCUAGGAUUUAAUGACUACAGUUUCAUUCAUUCUCAUUUUGAGCAUCUGCCCUGUGUCAGCCCCACACUAGGCACCAACACGGUGGUAACAAAUCUGACACAAUGGCCCCACCCACAAUGCCAACAUUAAGUCCCUUUACUUUUCCAUAACCAGAAGUUUCUUUGACUCCUUCUUCUCUAAGCUUCUAUAAUCUUUUAUCCAAGAUAAUCAUGGCAAUUUCUGGGAGGAAUAUUUCUGGCCAUGUGGUUUAAUGUGAAAGGCAUGAAAAAUACCAGCCUAAAAAUAUUGUCCUGUCAUCGAGCCUCAGAACUACACCACUGGCAAAAACUGCUUUAGAGAGCAAAGUAGCUCUAGAUGCAUCUUCUCCAACCGCCCCCCUGUCAACGAUAGGCAUCUGGGGGUCAAAGAGAGGAUGUCCUUUGGGGGGGGUGAUCCUCAUCCCAGGUCCUUCAUUUCUUCCAAAGAGUGGCAUCCGUCACCAACAUUCUAUGGUGGUCACCUUGAGAUGGCAUCAGCCACCAAUAUUCUAUGGCAGUCACCUUGAGAUGUCCAGGACAGGUCAGCUGUGUGCAGAGGCAGCUGGGCCAGACUCCUGACAGCAAAGAAAAAAGAGUUUAAUAAUAUGGGUCAACUGAAGGAUUCCCACCAGGAGACACACAGCCUAUCCUGGAAGCGAUCUGCUCUGGCCGAUUUUACUCCGAACUACAGGGUAUAGCAUCUCCGCCAGCUACAAGAUGCAAAUGCCACCCUACAGGACCAGGAUCAGGUAAAGGAUGUUCAAAGGCAGUAUGCGAGCAAAGCUCACAGCCCAAGCCCACUAAACAUAGAUGUGUGACCUGUCCACAACAGUCAGGACUAAGAAGUCAAAAGGAUGCUUGGUCAGGAACUUCAAAAGGCAAAGACGCUCUGUGCUAACAAGUGAAGUUGGAAAUGUGCUCUUGCUGCUGUGACUCCAAUCCCUGGAGAAGGCAGGGUCUUGGAGCAAAAAUGGCUUGCAUGGAGAUAAGCGGGACUCUUAUCAAGAUAGGUGGUCCUGAGGCGCCCUCUGGUGCCCAUUUUAUAUUAGGCAGAAACCUAAAUUUGUCUCACACCUGGAUUUCCUGUCCAGUGGGCAGUGUGCUUAUGAGCUAGUAAAACUUCCGGGUUUGCAUUUCAAUAAUAAAUAUGCUGAUAGGUCACGAAAAGAAUACGUAGCAACAACCUUAGGAUGGUGGUUCCUGUACAAAAACAGGAAACUCGGGGCAAAGGAGCUGAGGUGGGUGGGAUGGAGAGCUUACCUCUGAGGACGAUGGGUUUCCAGGACAGUGGGAGAAGUACCUGGUGCUCUUAUAGUUGUGGAGCCAUCCAACAAGCUGAAAAGCACAAGUCAGGAACAAGACCUCAGUGCAGCCUCCUGUGACUCCUGUUUCCUCCCUAACCAAGCUGUGGGCUCGCUGGCCACAGUCCAGCCUUAUCCUUUUUUCCCCCAGGGCUCAAUAAACGAUCAAUGAAUGAAUCAAA